AAAGUCGGAAACACCUCUUUUAUUCUGAGGGAAACACUACACCUAAAAAUGCGCGUUGACGUAAAAUUAUGUUGAAAAGAGCUAAACAAACAAUAUAUUAAGUAACUAAGAUGGAAUCGCUAAACCAGUGCCACUGCUGCCUGCAGCGGCCUUCGGAGAGAGAUUUGAGGACACCAUACACCCUUCUCGGCAUAACGGAAAUAUAUUCGGUCAUGUUAGAAGAAUGCUUUGCAAUGAGACUAACACCGUGUCAUGAUGGCAAGAGUGGUAUCUGCGAGGUGUGUCUGGGGCGCUUGCGAGAGGCAUGCCAAUUCAAGAUGCAGGUGCAGCACUGCCAGGCCGAGCUGCAGGAAAGGUUGGAGGGAGGACUGAGUGUCAAAGAUGAAGAAGCCUUAGAAGAACUACCUGAAGAUGGCCCGUGCAGCGAGUCUCCCGAACCUUCUCUACCUUCAGACGAGGAGCCCCCGGGGCCGCUGCCUGAAGAUGAGCCGCUAGACCAUUAUCCAUUACAUGUUUCAGUGGCUUCAGCCGGUGAGUACGGAGUUAGCACGGCGCCUCUGUCCUCGCGCGCCAAGGAACAGCUCGCGCUGGCGUGCUCCGUCAGGCUCGAGCGCCUCCGCGACUCCCCGCGCGCGAGCCAGCCGUGUCCCGUGACGUCACACCGCGAGCCGAGCCCCGCCAGCAUUGUGAAGGAUGAGCCCGGUGACACUAUCGCCGAGGAACAAGCCUACAUGUCCGAUCUAGAAUCAUCGAUUAAAUCAGAGCCUAAUGAUGACGACGUGGGAGAUGAGCAGCUGCUCGACGUGUCAUGUACUCCAGCCAUUGAGCUGCGGCGGCGAUUGUCGACGUCCAGCACCAUGAGGCUCGAGGCGUGUCCCGUGACGUCACACCACGAACCGACUGCAGCGAGGAGUGUGACGUUGCCUGAUGACACCCGCCAACAAGCCCACACACACCAACCUACCUUAAACAACCAGCACACAGACACUAAUGCAAUGUAUUCAUGCAAAAUCUGUUCACAAAAGUUCUCAAACAAAACUCUGUUCGACCGACAUGCACAUACUCAAAUGGAACUCGAAACAUACAUUUGCGAUAUGUGUAACAUGAAAUUUAGGCAGAAAUCAGAUUUAAUUAGACAUAUUUUUACGAUACAUAUGAAGAUAAAUCACGUGUGCAAAAUUUACAACAAAAAGUUUGAAAUAAUGAAUUCAUUAAAAAAACAUCAAAGACUUCACACUGGUGACAUACCAUACAAAUGUACGGUAUGUGAGAAGAAAUUUGUUCUUGUUUCAAGUUUAAAUUUAGACCAAGGAAUUCACACUAUUGAAAAACGAUACAAGUGUGAAGAAUGUCACAAACAAUUCAAAUAUAGAAAUGGAUUAAACAAACAUAAAAAAAUCCACACUGGAGACAAAAGAUUUAGUUGCGAUCAAUGCGGCAAACGUUUUUUAGAGAACAGCACUUUAACUAUACAUAAAAGAGUACACACGGGUGAGAAAUUAUAUAAGUGUGACGAAUGUAACGAAUUAUUUGGAUACCUAAAUUCUUUUAAAAGGCAUAUAAAAAAACAUGCUCGAGGUGAUAUUUACAGCUGCAACAUUUGCGACGAGAAAUUUCCAAUAAAAAAUCUUUUAGCUAAACAUAAAAAAAAGCACAUCGGAGAAAAAGCGUACCACUGCGAAGAAUGUAACAAGAGAUUUAACAGAAAAGAUUAUUUAGAUACCCAUAAAAUAACGCACAAUGGAGACAGACCAUACAUCUGUGAUAGGUGUGGUAAGCGAUUUAAACGAAAACAUAAUUUAGAUCAACAUAAAAAAAAUCAUGCAGAAAAAUCUCACAAUUGUAGUAUAUGUAACAAGCAAUUCACACACAAACAUCAGUUAGAUGCUCAUAAAAUAACUCACACUAAAGAAAAAGCAUAUAUUUGUGAAAAAUGUGGUGCGCGAUUCGCGCAAAAUUAUAUUUUACAGAAACAUAAACAAAUUCAUGUUGAAAAGGUACUUGGUGACGGAGUGACUGUGAGUAAGAUAACUAAAGGAAAGAUUAGUAAAGAUUAAUACAAAAUAGUGUAUCAAACGUGCUUCAGUGUGCAAACAAAAUCUUAUUAUAAAACACUAGCUUUUGCCCGCGACUUCGUCUGCGUGGACGUAGUAACCCCAGCUAGAGUAAGAAUAGCGCCUGGAGAAAAUCUUAUAGCAAUUAUUCAAUUUGAGCAUAUUAUGCACACAAAUUAGCAGACACUUCAUUAAUUAUCUCAAUUCCACCCCGCUUUUUACUUUCUUAAGGGAUAAUUUUCGGGAUAAAAACUAUCCUAUGUCCUUCUCAGGGACUCAACCUAUCUCUAUGCCAAAUUUCAUCUGAAUCGAUUCAGCGGUUUAAGCGUGAAGAGGGAACACACAGACAGACAGACUUUCGCAUUUAUAAUAUUAGUAUGGAUUAACCUAAAUGUAUAUUAAAAUUUAGUUUAAGAUAAAAUAAAUUGUAUGCCCGAAAAGGGUAAAACCAAGGACAAUAGAAGACAGUAGUAGGAUAGUAGUUUUCUAUUGUCCUUGGUAAAACUGUUGAUAAUCAUCAAAAAAUGUACCUAGUUAUACUUCUUGUACCUACACAGUUUACACAAUAAAUA